GAUAGAGCAUUCUGUAUAGCCCGUUACGUCACAAGUGUAAUUAAACUCCCUCUACGAAAACUUCAGAUGAAGCGGGAAGGACAACUAGUAGUAUCAGCUGACAAUGCGAAACUGAUGAAGCAAAACACUUUUCCAUGGUGUUUACAGUAUUCUUGGCUAUCUCUCCUGCAACAACUGUUUGUUACUUUCUUGUGGCUGGAGCAUGCCAGGCAUGAGUGGGGCACACCUGGGCGAAUGGCAGAGGAGGUCCUUUGACAUUUCAUCUGGCUCCUGCACACCUGAACAGACGGCGGAUGCCUAUCGGGCACACAUCCUGGCCAUUCAAUAUGCAUGGGCCAACUCCCAGCUCUCUUUGGCCGGCAUGGACAGCCUGCUUAGGACCUACUCUGAGCGCUAUGCUGCAGUGCUGGACUCGGACGACCCUCGCACAGGGCUCAACAACUACGCAGAGGGGGCGCUGCACCUGGCCCGCAGUCAGAGGAACCACAGUGACAAAUGGGAGUCGUCCCUGACCACUGCAAGCGUGCUGGAGCUGCCAUGCGUGCGGAACAUGGUUCGGUCUGCAACAGGGGCCGGUGUGUCCCUGGUGGCACCUGCAGAUGUUAACAUCACGGUCGGACAAGAGUGUGAAGGCAGCUCCCUGUCGGGAUUGGUCCAGAGUGGAACAGAUCCACUGUUCAACACCCCGCUGUUGUGGACCACAUCUGAGGUCAACAGCGCCUCAAGUCAUUUCCAGGGUGCUGCUGCAGGGAGGCCAAGAGGCUCAGACGGCUUCCCCAGCCAGCCGCCUUCCUCUGUUGGCCCCUCUGUACGGGCUCUGCCUCUGUUCAGCCAGCACUCCUCUGCUCCACCACAAAUAAAUCCAGGGCCCGCAGGUCAACAGGUCUUCAACUCAAACCCCUCCAAGAGGAAGGCAUUCUACAACUCCGGUGGUGAAGCUAGCAGAGGUGGGGCAUAUGGGGGCCAGGCAGGGCAGGAACCGCGUGGUUCCGGCACUAACUUCAAAACGGCCCGUGAGCAGUUUUUUGUUGAUCAACAGAAGAAGCACUCCCACCAGCCCCAGAGAAACCAGCAGGCCCCUGGGCUGGCGUCCACUUUGGGGGGUGCCACUAAGAAGUCCCUGGGGGCCAACAGGCCACGGGGGACCUUUUCUAAAUUUGUGUCCCCAAUGCCGAGGCAGGAGGAUGAGGUGGAUGGGGCUGGUAGCGACAGCACCCCGGAGCCUCCACCAGUGGACGCGCGUCUGAAAAACUUUGAGCCCAAGAUCAUCGAGCUGAUCAUGAGUGAAAUUAUGGACCAUGGUCCACCUGUAGCCUGGGACGACAUCGCUGGCCUGGAGUUUGCCAAGGCAACCAUCAAGGAGAUUGUGGUGUGGCCUAUGCUCCGGCCGGAUAUCUUCACCGGCCUCCGCGGUCCACCCAAAGGCAUCCUCCUUUUCGGGCCCCCGGGGACUGGGAAAACGCUGAUCGGGAAGUGCAUCGCUUGCCAGUCUGGUGCCACCUUCUUCAGCAUCAGUGCCUCAUCCCUCACAUCAAAGUGGGUGGGGGAGGGGGAGAAGAUGGUGAGAGCCCUCUUCGCCAUCGCCCGCUGCCACCAGCCGGCCGUCAUUUUCAUCGACGAGAUCGACUCCCUGCUAUCCCAGCGUACAGACGGCGAGCAUGACUCGUCGCGGCGUAUUAAGACGGAGUUCCUGGUUCAGCUGGAUGGGGCAACCACCUCUGCUGAUGACCGCAUCCUUGUAGUGGGAGCCACCAACCGCCCUCAGGAGAUCGACGAGGCAGCCCGGCGCCGCCUCGCUAAACGCCUCUACAUCCCCCUCCCGGAAGAAAACGCACGACGGCAAAUAAUUUCAAAGCUCAUGGCCCGGGAGAAGAGUCAGCUGGCUGAGGAUGAUCUGGAGAGCGUGGUCACAGGAACAGCAGGCUUCUCCGGUGCCGAUAUGACCGGGCUGUGUCGUGAGGCAGCACUAGGCCCCAUCCGGAGCAUCCAGCUCAGUGACAUUGCCACCAUCACCCCUGACCAAGUUCGGCCCAUUCUCCACCGUGACUUCCAAGAGGCACUGAGGGUCGUGAGGCCCAGUGUCUCAGUGAAAGACCUGGAGCUAUACGAGGAGUGGAACAAGACUUUUGGUUGCGGCCUUUAAUCAGAGACACAGCAGGAGAAUGUAGGCUGUUGCAUUUGACUUAAGUGAACCACCUCGCAUUUAAAGCUUUUAGAUUUUCCUGCGGCGGACUACACCAUAAAAUGACUAUUUUAACAUUGACUAAGCCUAUGUGACAACUGUUUUACUCUAAUGAUCUAUGGAACAAUAUAUUUAUUAUUAAAUGUAGACUCUUUGUUUUUCCUUACUUGGAUUUUCUCAGAUACAAUGUUGGUGUGAGUAUUUACAUUCUUUAAUAAAGUUGCUACAUUUUGUCCUACGGCAUUGCACUGCCAUGUGGUGUUCCUUUGUAACAGAGGAAAUGUGGCAAAUAAUUUUUUUUCUGA